AGUUAGCAUUGGGCGGUCGAGGUGUUAUUGGCUCCUCUGCCAAUCUAAUGGAACAGCGUUCCUUCGAGCAAGUGUCAUCUGCGAUUGUGUUAAACAAAUCAAACAUUCGUCAUAAACGUGACAACUGCCGCAAACAACAAAUUCUGCUCCUGUUAUUAUGUUGCUUAAACGGAUCAUUGAAGGAAAGUCCAUGUUGAAUGCCGACGCGAAGAGUAAAGCGCCGGAGAAAUGUUCUAGAAGGAAGUCGGAAUGUGACGGCUGUGGCGAACAUUCCACUAUUCUUGAAGAAAUGAUGAAGGUGAUAUUGCUCGGUGUGGUGUUAUGGGCUGGUGUGACUUUUGGAAGUGCCGUCGCACCCUACCCAUUGAAUUUGAUACUUAAUAGUGAUACAAUUCAUCCGCCGCCAAUGUACGACUUCCCGUUUCCAAGUGCCGAAAAGUUAAGAAGGUUACCGCCUGUUACUACGGCGCAUACAAACAGAUCGAUAGAUUUCAGUAAAUUAAGUGUAUCUAUGCUUGAAAGAUUGGAAAUGAACCUUCAGUCAGCUGGCAUCAAACCAGAGACGGGAUCUGCAGCGCAGGGGUUAGCUAUUUAUGGAUAUCCCUCUGAUGAUGCCAUGCAUUAUGAAGAAUCGUCAAUGGUUGUGACAAAAGCUUCGCAAAAUUUGGUUCACACUCGAUGUGGACGAUAUGGUUUGGCGAAUGAUGAGUGUGCGAGUUUCAUCAGCACUUUGAACUUGCGUGAGAGUGAGUAUGGAGGCGAGUGUGCGGCACUUGAGCGGUUUACUUGUCGCAGCAACAAGAUGUCUUCCCGAUAUCGGACCUUUGAUGGGUCGUGUAAUAACCCCGUGCGGUCUUCCUGGGGCCAAGCUCUCACAGGCUACAAGCGGCUCUUGCACCCGAGAUACGCUGACGGUAUCGAAGAGCCAAGACGUUCGUUGAGUCAUAAAGCCUUGCCGUCUGCAAGAUUAGUUAGUACAAGGAUAGGAAAUAAUUUGGACAAGCCCGAUGAAAAGAAGACUAUUGCUUUAGCUGUAUGGAGUCAGUUCAUUCAUCACGAUUUAGUUCACACGCCUGUUCGGAAAACUAUUCACACGAACCAAGCGAUCCGUUGCUGUGACAGUACUGGGUUCCAAUUGUCACCUCGCUACAUCCAUCCGAGCUGCAUGUCUAUCUCCGUGCCACACGAUGAUCCCUUCUACAAGGGCAAAUAUGUCUCCUGCAUGGAGUAUACUAGAUCGGUCACCACCUACAGAGGCGACUGUACUUUUGGAGCUUCAGAACAGAUGAACCAAGCCACUCACUUCCUCGAUGGAUCCAAUAUCUAUGGUUCGAACAGUCGUGAUGCUGCUGCACUAAGAGAAAAGAGCGGCGGUCUUUUGAAGACUUCCACCUUCGAAGACGAGGAGUUACUUCCUCUAUCCACCAAUCCCACUGAAAAGUGUCUCGUGGGCAGCAGCUCGGAGAUUUGCUUUAAUGCUGCCGAUGUUCGUGCUAAUAUGCACCCAUGGUUGACCAGUCUCCACGCACUAUGGGUUAGAGAGCACAACCGUAUAGCUAAGCAACUGGCUUUCCUCAACCCUGAAUGGAAUUCUGAUAAACUGUACCACGAAGCGAGAAGGAUUGUGGUGGCUGAGCUUCAACAUAUCACUUACAAGCAUUGGUUGCCGGCUCUAACUGGGAAAGGAUUCGACGAGAUGUACGAGUCUUACGACGUCGGCUACAAUUCUGACAUCGAUCCUACAAUCACCAAUUCAUUCGCUACCGCCGCUUUCCAUUUCCUGAACAGUCUUCUGGACCAGGACAUAGAGUUUGGAGAUAACACCACAAGGCUUAUGGACAGUUACUUCAAACCGGAGAUAUUAACGAAGAAAGGUGCUUUGCAGAAGCUUAUGAAGGGUAUGGUGACACAGAAGAGUCAAGAAAUGGAUUUCAACUAUGAUGAUGACUUACGUCAGAAUUGGUUGGGAAGUCUGGACGUGCUGGCUGUAGAUAUACAACGUGGCCGCGACCAUGGCUUGCCUGGAUACGCUCAAUACCGCGUGUUAUGUGGAUUACCUCAAGCGACCACUUUCCAACAAUUCAUCGAUGUCAUGCCACAAGAGAUGGUGGAAAAGUUGGCCGCGGUAUACGAGCAGCCAGCUGAUGUAGACCUGGUGGUCGGCUUGAUGGCAGAGAGGCCUUUACAGGGUUCACUAUUGGGACCAACAGCAACUUGCUUCCUGAAGGAACAGUUGUGGCGCACGAAAACUGGUGACCGUUAUUUCUAUACGCAUAUGGACGAAGCGGGGAGCUUCACUAAGCGCCAACUGGCUGAAAUAAAGCGGGCGACACUCGCGCGACUUAUCUGCGAUAACAUUGGAGUUGCGACUAUUCAAAAAGAUGUUUUCCAACCUCCUUCGGAAAAUAACCCAACUUUGUCUUGCGAAGAGAUCAAGAAAGUCAAUCUGGAAGCGUGGCAAGAUCCAUCACAGCAACCUGACAUUUUGAGUCGCACCACUAAAUGGAUCAAAACUAAAGUAGCCUACUCAGGCAACUCCACAAAAUAGUCGCACAGUGUAUGGUGAGCUUUAGUUAACCAGAAAACUUGUGUUAUUUAUAUUUUUGUGUAUGAAAUCCACAAUGCAAGUACAUUCUGUUGGUAAAUAUGUUUAUUAAAUUCUGAUAUAUAACAGUCUUAAGUAGUUUAUAUCUUGAUUUAUACAGUAAUUACAGUUAUAAUUUGGACUUGCAUUGUGGAUAAUGGUGACGCAGUGCAGUAUUGAGGUUUGUUUGUAAAUUGUUUAGUUAUAUAAAUGUUCUGAAAUAUAAAAAGGAACUAAU